GUGUGUGUCAGACUCAAAGGCUGCGUCGUUUUUUGCUUUUCUUUUUUUUUUUUGUAUUUUUUUUUUUCUUCCCUUCUCCUUUAUCUCCCGAAAGGAAACUGUUGCUAGUUGGAAUAGACUUUUUAAAUGUUUGGGAUUCAAGAUACUUUAGGAAGAGGACCAAUUCUGAAAGAUAAAUCUCUAGGUUCUGAGAUGGAUUCCGUCAGGUCCUGGGUCAGAAACGUUGGGGUUGUGGAUGCAAACGUAGCAGCACAAAGCGGAGUAGCUUUGUCCAGAGCCCACUUUGAAAAGCAGCCACCCUCCAACUUGAGGAAAUCCAAUUUCUUUCACUUUGUUCUGGCUCUCUACGACAGACAGGGGCAGCCCGUGGAAAUAGAGAGGACAGCUUUUGUGGACUUUGUAGAAAAUGAUAAAGAGCAAGGCAACGAGAAGACCAACAACGGCACACACUACAAACUGCAGCUCCUCUACAGCAACGGUGUCAGGACCGAGCAGGAUCUCUAUGUCAGGCUCAUCGACUCGGUCACCAAGCAGCCCAUAACCUACGAAGGACAGAACAAGAACCCCGAGAUGUGCAGAGUGUUGCUCACCCAUGAAGUCAUGUGCAGCCGGUGCUGCGAGAAGAAGAGUUGCGGCAACAGGAACGAGACUCCGUCCGACCCCGUCAUCAUCGACAGAUUCUUCUUAAAAUUUUUUCUCAAGUGCAAUCAGAACUGCUUGAAAACAGCAGGAAACCCAAGAGACAUGAGACGGUUCCAGGUUGUGCUAUCAACAACAGUGAACGUUGAUGGGCACGUGCUGGCAGUGUCUGACAACAUGUUUGUUCACAACAACUCCAAGCACGGACGGAGAGCGAGGAGACUCGACCCCUCAGAAGCCACCCCCUGCAUCAAAGCCAUCAGCCCCAGCGAAGGGUGGACCACGGGCGGGGCCAUGGUCAUCAUCAUCGGGGACAACUUCUUCGAUGGGCUGCAGGUGGUCUUUGGGACCAUGCUGGUGUGGAGUGAGCUCAUCACCCCUCACGCCAUCCGAGUCCAGACGCCUCCCCGGCACAUUCCCGGCGUGGUCGAGGUGACAUUAUCCUACAAAUCCAAACAGUUCUGCAAAGGUGCACCAGGCAGGUUCAUUUACACAGCUCUAAAUGAACCUACCAUAGAUUAUGGCUUCCAAAGACUGCAGAAGGUCAUCCCAAGACACCCUGGUGACCCUGAAAGACUAGCUAAGGCUGGUUAUAUCCGGAACACCAGCAGCAUCUCCCCCCGGGGUUACUCGUCCAGCUCCACCCCCCAACAGUCCAACUACAGCACCUCCAGCAACAGCAUGAACGGCUACAGCAACGUGCCCAUGGGCAACCUGGGCGUGCCGGGCUCGCCGGGCUUCAUCAACGGCUCUCCCACGGGAUCUCCCUACGGAUCCAUGACUGGUCUUGUCGUUCCCCCGAUGUAA